AUUCAGUUAGUAACAACUCUUCAUGUUAUCUUCUGAGAAUGAGUACCUUGAAGAACAAAAAGGCCUUCAUAUCAUCAGUUAUCUUCUUUAUCAUCAUCCUUCAACACAUAAUAACAAGUAGCAGUACUGGUGCAAUUGGAAGCAGCGAUGCCUGUCGAAAUUUAUCAUGUGGAAGCCAACAUUAUAUACAAAUUCGGUUUCCAUUUCGCUUAAAAGAUCAACAACCGGAACAUUGUGGAUACCCUGGAUUUGAGUUAUUCUGCACAAACAACAACGAAACAAUAAUUGAGCUGCCAUUUUCAGGGAAAUUUCUUGUGAAAUCCAUCAAUUAUAAGUCUCAGAGUCUGGAAAUCUAUGAUCAAAAUGGUUGCAUCCCUCGAAGACUUAUAGGUUUCAAUAUAUCUGAUACGCCAUUUAGAACACAACAGUACGGAAACUAUACCUUCUUAAACUGCUCGAUAGAAGUGGCAAAUCAAAUAAGCUAUAAUUAUAAAACCAUAAGUUGUCUAAGUAGUCCUAGUUCGACGUACAGAAUUUUUUGUCUCGAUUCAGGCGAUUCUCUUGUAGGGAUUCCACCAGCGGGCAACUGCAAGUUAUUAGCAUCUUCAAUUGCAUGGCCAAAUGAAUAUCCAUAUUAUGGUGGUAAAAUAGCACUAACCAGUCUAAGCAUCAGCUGGGAUGAACCCGACUGUGGGAGCUGUGAAUUUGCUGGAGGUAAAUGCGGAUACAAAAAUCAAAACUCUAGCCUUCCUAUUGGAUGCUUUGGAAUUCCGCCUUCUUCGCCAUCUUACCACAAACCCAAAGGAAACAGUAUUGCAAUAAGUCUGAGCAUAGCAGGACUAUUUCUUUUCAUAUUAUCCGUGCUGAUAAUAAUAAUCAAGAUGCACAAGAAAACAGAUAAGCAAGAAGAAGAAAAUUUAUUGAUGAUUGAACAGUUUUUGGAGAGUUACAAUGCUCUCAAGCCCAUGCGAUACAGUCAUGCUGAUAUAAAGAAGAUUACAGAUAAGUUUAAGACCAAAUUAGGACAAGGAGGGUACGGGAGUGUUUUCAAAGGAAAGUUGCCAAAUGAGAUUCAAGUAGCGGUUAAGAUUCUUGAUAACCCAGGAGGAAGCCAUAAUGGAGAAGAAUUUAUCAAUGAAGUUGGCACUAUUGGUAGAAUCCAUCAUCUAAAUGUUGUGCGCCUCUUGGGAUUCUGCGUGGAAGGAUCCAUGAGGGCUCUUAUUUACGAAUUUAUGCCAAAUAGUUCGCUAGAGAAGUUCAUUUUCUCAGCUGGGAAAGCAGAUAAAAAAUCAAACCAUCUGGGUUGGGACAAGCUUCAAGAAAUUGCUAUGGGUAUAGCUCGUGGUAUAGAAUAUCUUCAUCAAGGUUGUGAUCAGCGUAUUCUUCAUUUCGAUAUUAAACCUCAAAACAUCUUAUUAGACCACAACUUCACUCCAAAGAUCUCCGACUUCGGUUUGGCAAAGUUGUGCACUGAAGGAGAUAGCUUUAUCAGUGUAUCUAUGGCCGCCGCUAGAGGAACCAUGGGUUACAUUGCACCUGAGGUUUUCUCUAGGAACUUUGGAGCCAUAUCGUACAAGUCAGAUAUUUAUAGUUUCGGUGUAUUGUUACUUGAAAUGGCUAUAAGAAGGAAGAAUACCGAAAUUAAGACGGAAACAAAUGGUAAUCAAAUAUACUUCCCAGAGUGGAUAUAUAACCGUUUGAGUCAUGGGGAAGAGUUGGGAACUCAAGUUGAAGCAGAAGAUAUAAACAUAGUAAAGAAAUUAGCAAUGGUGGCAUUCUGGUGUAUUCAAUGGAACCCUGUCGACCGCCCUUCCAUGAAAGCAGUCCUUCGUAUGCUUGAAGGGAAGACUGGAAAUUUGCGUAUGCCACCUAACCCUUUCGCCUCAACAUCUACUACUGCAAUUUCAAGCUCUACAAAUCGUAUGCAUGACAUAGAAUUGACAGUUAUUUUAAAAAAUUAAGACUGAUGAUUAAUGUUACAUAGCAUCAUUACUUAGAGAAUAUCUUGCUUGUAUGGCUCUCAUUUUGGUUAGUCAAGAUUGACUGCGUCUUUCCGGUUUUUUGUUAUGGUUGUAUCUCCCCAAAUAGUUGGUAGACUUUUAACUACCAACUAUUUCACUGUUUUACUCUAUCUAGUCUUAAAGAGUCAAACAGAGAUUUUUUUUUUACCACAGUAUCAAUUUACUGUGUUUUCAUCAGGUUCAUGUACCACUCUAAUUUCUUUAAUUUCUUUUUCUUUUUAUGAAAUAAAAAAGUUAUU